UUGUAAUCGCGUCAAACGUGGCUGGUGACGAUUAUCUGCCCUCGCUGUUCAGUGCGCAGAGCCUGCGCGCGCAUCCUUUGUUGGCGCUGUUAUCGUGUUAAAAGCGCGGCGACCAAGCUGUGUCGUGUCAUAUGUGUUUCUGCCAUGAGCUGCAAUAAACGGCUUUCGCAUAUCGGCGUCUUCAUUGUAACAUUGGCGACGAGGAUGGGAUGAAGCAGCACUGAAGCUAUGGCCACCACUUACGGCAAGCUGCCGGAGUUCUGCCCGGACUCGGGAAACAUCGACGUCUACCUAGAAAGGUUCGAACUAUUUGCGAAAGCAAAUGGAAUAGACGACGGAAAGAAGCUUGAAGUCUUCCUGACCAUAAUAGGAGAGAAGGCCUACGUGACACUGCGUAGCUUACUGCUGCCGAAAACGCCCACCGAAGUAAAGUACGAAGACGCCAAGAAGGUGCUGCAACAGCACUACGCCCUGAAGCGGUCUGUGGUCACUGAGCGAUACCACUUCUACAGGCGGAACCAGGAGUCAAAUGAAACCAUCGCACAGUUUCUUGUGGAAUUGAAGAGGCUCGCCGCGACAUGUUCUUUCGGAAAUUUCCUCCAAGAAGCGCUACGGGACCGCCUAAUUGCCGGACUACGGAGCGACACCAUCCGAUGCCGUCUUCUUGCCUUGCCCGACGACGAGGUCACCUGGGAACGGGUGUGCAAGGUAGCCACCGCCAUGGAGGCUGCACAGAAGGACACCCAGGACAUGCUGUGCGACAGCGCCGGGGCCAGCAACGCUCAACUGCACUGGCAAGGAAGCCAAGGGAAGCCUAACGCAACCAGCCAGGUACUAAAAAAAAACUAUACGCAAAAAACUGCAGUAGAGUGUCAUAGGUGCGGUGGUCAGCACGCUCCUACAAGGUGUCCAUUUGUAAAAAGUGCUUGUUUUAAGUGUUCUAAACGUGGUCAUGUCGCAAAAAUGUGCAAAACGCGAGUUGUUCAGGCUGUAGAAGUACCGGCAACAGAGCAGGAUUUGCAGGAUUUGCUGACUAUAUGUCAAACAAACAGAGCAGGCAGUCCGCCUCCCAUAGUAGUAAAAGUAAUCAUAAACGGUCACGAAGUACCGAUGGAAUUGGACACGGGGGCUGCCGUUACAAUCAUGUCUGAAAAAGACUUUGCAGAGAACUUCCCUGACCUAUCGUACAACUGUGAGGACGUAAAACUCGGAGUGUACAACGGCACCGCAAUCAAUGUAAGGGGCGUUGCCCAAGUCGAUGUGAAGUGCGGGAAGCAAAGCCACCGCCUACCACUUGUCAUUGCCAAGUAUGAAGAAGGGGUGCGCAUGCCUGUGCUCCUCGGUCGUGACUGGCUCGCAAAGAUAAAAGUGAACUUGCCUGAUGCCUUGCAGAAACUGCAUGAGGUUGCGCUUAAAGUACAAGCAGUCGCGCCUCUAAAAACUCAAGGAGCUGUAGAAGCAUUAAAACAACAGCACGCUGAUGUUUUUCAAGCAGGCUAUGGUGCUAUAAAAGGAUACAAGGGUAGCAUUCGCACGAAAGAGAAUGCAGUUCCAGUUUUCUGUAAGGCGAGGCCUGUACCGUAUGCCUUGCGAGAACAAGUGGAAAAAGAACUGGCGGAACUAGAGAAGGCUGAAGUAAUUUACCGGGUGCGGCACAGCACCUGGGCAACGCCACUAGUAAUUGUGCCCAAGAAAAAUGGACCAGAAAUAAGGAUAUGUGGUGACUAUAGAGUCAGUGUGAACAAGUGCAUCGAGGUAGAUCACUAUCCCUUGCCACUUCCUGAGGAUAUCUUUGCAUCCCUGGUGGGAGGAACCGUGUUCACUGUGUUAGACUUGGCAAAAGCUUAUUUACAGCUGGAGUUGGACGAGCAUGCCGAAGAACUUCUAACGGUUAACACGCACAUGGGUCUCUUUAGAUACCGGCGGUUGCCGUUCGGCGUUGCGAGUGCGCCUGCUAUGUUUCAAGCAGUCAUGGAUCAGGUUUUGCAUGGCAUACCUGGCACAGCCUGUUACUUAGACGACGUGCUGAUAGCUGGGAAAGACCUACCAGAGUGCUACAAACGAACGAAGGAAGUGCUAAAUGCUCUGAGUAAGCACGGGAUCCGAGUAAAUGUGGCGAAAUGCGUUUUCUUUCAAGAAAGGGUACAAUACCUAGGGCACGAAAUAGACCAACACGGUCUGCAUCCCACGGCGAAUAAAGUAAAAGCAAUCCUUGAAGCACCGAAACCGAGCAAUGUGACCCAGUUGAGGGCAUUUUUAGGCCUAGUGAACUUCUAUGCAAAAUUUUUGCCCAAUUUGGCCGGACAACUAGAACCGCUUCACCAGCUUCUACGCAAGGGAAGCAUAUGGCAGUGGUCGCGUCAGUGCGAUGAGUGUUUCAGGCGAUGUAAGCAGUUGCUAACUAAAGAAACAGUCUUGGAGCUGUAUGACGUAAAAAAGGAAAUCCAGCUGACAUGUGAUGCAUCUGCUUACGGGCUGGGCGCGGUGUUAUCGCACGUAGUGAAUGGCGUUGAGCGUCCGGUCGCAUUCGCUUCCAGAUCAAUGUCACAGGCGGAAAGAAACUAUGCCCACAUUGAGAAAGAGGCACUCGCCAUCAUUUUCGGCGUAAAGAAAUUUCAUAAGUAUCUUUAUGGCCGCAGCUUCGUUAUUAUCACUGACCAUCAACCACUCACGAUAAUUUUUGAAGCUAGACAUCACAGUAGUGCUGUGGCAGCGGCGCGAGUCCACCGCUGGGCCAUUUUUCUGUCGAACUACCGUUUCCGCAUUGUGCACAAACCAGGGGCAAAGAUUAGCAAUGCUGACGGCUUGUCGCGUCUACCAUUGUCUGAAAACACUGAUGAUGUAGAUAAGAUUUUUUACUUUUCUCCUGCCAGAGAAUUGCCCUUAACUGCAAAGGACAUCGCACAUGAAACAUCUAAGGACUCUGUCUUGAGUGCUGUGCGUGAAAUGACAUGGCAUGGCUGGCCGCGGUCGGUAGAGGCGCAGUAUCAACCGUUCUUUGUAAGACGGUUUGAACUUUCGGUAGAUGAUGCCUGCUUAAUUUGGGAGAACCGAGUGGUUAUACCCCGCGCUCUUCAACAGGAAGUACUGUUGCUGUUACAUGAACAACACAUGGGUAUCAGUAAAAUGAAGGCCCUGGCGAGAUCAAUGGUAUGGUGGCCCGGAAUCGACAGCAGCCUUGAACAAACUGUAAAACAAUGUCACAUCUGCCAGAGUGUAAGGCCAGUGGGCCAACCAGCGCCACUGACCCCAUGGAGGUGGUGCACUAACAGUUGGGAGCGAGUGCACCUCGACUUUGCAGAAAAAGAAAACAAGAUGUUUCUGGUCGCAGUCGAUUCACACUCCAAGUGGGUAGAUGUCAAAAUAAUGAAUUCAACUACGGCGCAAAAGACCAUUGAGACAGUAAGGUCAUUGUUUGCAAGCUAUGGGUUGCCUCAGGAGAUAGUUACGGACAAUGGGCCACAGUUUCGAGCGAAAGAGUUUGAUGAUUUCUUGCAGGCAAACGGGGUCAAGCAUACUUUGACUCCGCCUUAUCAUCCUCAAUCUAACGGCGCAGCAGAACGAGCAGUGCAGACUGUUAAGCAGUCAUUGCUAAAGCAACUGCUAGAGGAUGAACGGAGCCACAGUUCCAGAUCCUUGCAACACAGAGUUGACAACUUCCUUUUCGCGUACAGAACUACGCCGCACACAUUCACUGGUAAAACACCAGCAGAGUUGUUUUUAAAGAGAAAGCUGCGGACAAGACUUUCUCUGCUCAAACCAGACAUGGAAGGUACGAUCAAUUCGAAGUCUGAGAGAGAAGUGCGCAGUGCAAAUAAACGUAGGGGAAAGCCUAGAGCAUUUUCUGUGGGCGAUCGCGUGCUCGUGCGUACUGUUCGUGGUGAACUUGUAAAGUGGCGACCUGGAAACAUUGUGAGCGUGAAAUCUCCGGUAACGUACCUGGUGAAUGUUGAUAAACAAACGCGCUUUGUGCAUGCCGAUCACCUACGUUGCACUUCUUUGAAACAUGAAGAAUAUGUGGAAGACUGUGGUGAUGAAAUGUCUUUGCCGCAUGCCAGUGAUAUUUUGGAAAAGGGAAAUUGCUCAGCACAACCGCCAGUGUCGUCACCACAACCGCCGCACACCCCUCCUAUACUUAGACGUAGCACACGGGUGACACGCCCACCAGAUCGACUGAUGUACCAUUGAAUGUGAUUUUGUUUGUGGGGGAGUGUUGUAAUCGCGUCAAACGUGGCUGGUGACGAUUAUCUGCCCUCGCUGUUCAGUGCGCAGAGCCUGCGCGCGCAUCCUUUGUUGGCGCUGUUAUCGUGUUAAAAGCGCGGCGACCAAGCUGUGUCGUGUCAUAUGUGUUUCUGCCAUGAGCUGCAAUAAACGGCUUUCGCAUAUCGGCGUCUUCAUUGUA